AUGGGGCUCCAGACCAUAAUGGGACGGAUUUCCAUAGGAUGCUACCUGAGCUGUGGCAUCCUCGUGCUUUUCGCCUCGCGAGUCCAGGCUACCUCGAAGAGAGGGUCCAGGGGCGAGGCCCUCCAGUCCGGGACCCUCCCCCGCUUUCUGCAGGAGCCCGACGAUGCCUACAUCAUCAAGAGCAACCCCAUCCAGCUGCUCUGCCGGGCCCAGCCCGCGCUGCAGAUCUUCUUCAAGUGCAACGGGGAAUGGGUCCAUCAGAGCCAGCACCUGGCCCAGGAGCACACCGACCUGGGCACCGGGAUGAAGUUCCGCGAGGUCCUGAUUAACGUGUCGCGGCAGCAGGUGGAGGACUUCCACGGGCCCGAGGACUACUGGUGUCUGUGUGUCGCCUGGAGCCACCUGGGGACGUCCAAGAGCCGCAAGGCCAGCGUCCGCAUUGCAUACCUGAGGAAGAACUUUGAGCAGGACCCCCAGGGCACCGAGGUGCCUCUUAAGGGCAUGAUCGUGCUGCACUGCCGGCCCCCAGAGGGCGUGCCAUUGGCCGAGGUAUCCUGGCUGAAGAACGACGAACCGCUGAACAUGGACACUAAGGUCGGCUCGAGAGCCGACCACAACCUCAUCAUCUCCGAGGCCCGCCUGUCCGACUCGGGCAACUACACCUGCCAGGCGAGCAACAUCGUGGCCACGCGGCGCAGUGCCAACGCCGCAGUGGUCGUUUACGUGAACGGCGGCUGGUCUCUCUGGUCCGACUGGUCGCUAUGUAACGUGCGCUGUGGGCGGGGCUUGCAGAAGCGCUCGCGCACCUGCACCAACCCGGCGCCGCUCAACGGGGGGGCCUUCUGCGAGGGCAUGUCGGUACAGAAGAGCACCUGCAACCCAAUCUGUCCAGUGGACGGCGGCUGGGGCCCGUGGAGCCUGUGGACGGCGUGCGGCGUGGACUGCGGCCGCCAGCGGAGCCGGGACUGCGCCGAGCCCGAGCCGCGGCACGGGGGCCGGCCCUGCGACGGUCCCGGGCUGGGGGGCGACAACUGCACCGGGGGCCUCUGCAUACAGAAUGGAAAUCUGCUUCAUGACAUCAAGCCACAAGAGGUGGAGAGCAGCAGUGACGUGGUGCUGUACUCUGGGCUGAGUGCGGGGGUCUUGACGGUGGUGGUCCUGAUCGUGGUGGUCACUUUGUACCGCAGGAGCCACAACGAGUACGGCGUGGACGUCAUCGACUCUUCCGCCCUCACCGGCGGCUUCCAGUCCUUCACCUAUAAGACGUCCCGCCAAGGAAACCCCCUGCUGAUCAACUCGUCCAUGCAGCCUGACCUGAGCGGGUCGCAGACCUACACCAGCCCCAUGUGCUUUCAGGACUCCAUGGACAAGGAGCUGAUGGCCGACCACUCCCUGCUGGACCCACUGCCCGACAUCAUGGUCAAAGGGAAAGGGGUGAUGGCCGAGUACCACGUGAUGUCCCAUCCCAGGACCUUCCCGCGGGGCGUGGUGCCGGACUACCAGGAUGUGGGCGUAGACGCCACGCUGGGCCGCAGGGGGAAGACCCUCUUCAUCCGGCACGGCCUGCCCCGGCCUCCUCCCCCUCCUCUUCCUCCCCCGCUGAAGACCACCAGGGUGCUGGGCCACGCCGGAGGAAGGCUGGUCGUACCCAACACUGGCAUUAGCCUGUUGGUGCCCCGCGGAGGGAUAGCUGAAGACACGAGCUGGGAGAUGUACAUGAUCAUCAACCAGGAGGACAGCAGCACGGCGCCAGAGGAGGAGGACGAGGUCCUGCUGAGCCCGGAGGUGACCUACGGCCCCCCGGGGCUGGACCUGUCCUGCCCCGUGGCUCUGUCGGUGGCGCACUGCGCCGACCUCAGCGGCCCCGCCGACGCCACCUGGGCCGUCCGUCUGAAGAGGAGGACCCCGGAGAACAAGUGGGAGGAAGUGAUGUCAAUGGACGAGGAGAGCACCUCCUGCUACGGCCUCCUGGAGGUGGAGCGGUGCCACCUGCUGCUGGGCCGCCCGGGCCGCUACGCCCUGGUGGGCCGGCCCCUGAGCCAGGCAGCCGCCAAGAGGCUGAGGCUGGCCGUGUUCGGGAGCCCCGACCUCAACAACCCGCUGGGCUACAACCUGAGGGUGUACUGCGUGGAGGACACCCCCCACGCUCUGCAGGCCGUGGCGGUGCUGGAGUGUGUGAGGGGAGGCCGUCUGCUGGAGGAGCCCAGGACGCUGCAGUUCAGUGGGGACGGCUUCAGCCUGCAGGUCUCCAUCCAGGACCUCCCACAGCUCCUCUGGUGCAUCAAGCCCUUUACCACCUGCCAGGAGUUCUCGUUCGCCCAGGUGUGGGGCCGGGACCACCACCCGCUGCAGUGUGCCUUCUCCUUGGAGUACCUCGGCCCCCCGCCCACGCCCCCAAAGCUCUCCUGCAAGAUCAGCGUACGGCAGGUCAAAGGUCGCGAGCAGAUCCUCCAGGUUUACACGUCGGCGGCAGAGCAGAGUGAAAAGGGGCUGAUUCCUCUCUUCCCUCCGUCCCACUGUCCCCUCACCUCCGAGUCGGGGUCAACCGCCUUUAAGAUCCCCCCGUCCAUCCAUCAGCGCAUCUGUGCCACCUUCGACUCGGCCAACUCCAAGGGCAAGGACUGGCAACUGCUGGCCCAGAAGCUCCACGUAGACAGGAACCUGAGCUACUUCGCCUGCCAGAGGAGCCCCUCAGCGGUCAUCCUCAGCCUGUGGGAGACCCAGCACCAGACCUCGGGGGACGUGGACUCCCUGGCCUGUGCUCUGGAGGAGAUUGACAGGGCCCCGUCACCCGGGACAUUCACCCCACUGGGGCAGGGCAGCGACCGGCCAGACUCUGAAUUCUCUUAAAACACAGAACGUCCCCGGGAGUUGGCAGGCCUUUGUAUGGUUCACAUCGGGAGGACCCAGACCCAGACCUCUGUAGGGGACUUUUAAGUUGCAUGAGCUCUGGUGAGGAUCCCAUGGUGGAGCUACAGGAGGAGGAAGAGGAGGCGCAGUAGCAGCGGUGGUGUUGGAGCCCGCCUAGCGGUUCCGCCCAGAGGAGGGGGUCCAGGAGGAGGAUUGCCGCCGUGAAGAAGACGAGAGACUGAAAUCCUGGAGGCUUUGUUCCGCCUGCGGUGUCGGUCACUCCGAGCCGCGCAGAACAGCCACAGGGAACACCUCAAAGGAAGUGAAGGGACUCUGAGCUUCUUCACUUCGUUUUUUUGUCGAAACAAAAAGAUGCUAACCUCUGCUUAGGUCUUAAGGGAACGCCACGCUCCGACACGGUGAACGCUGGAGCAGGAAUGAAAACGCAGGCCAGGUAGAGAGGAAAGUGUGGGCUUCCCUCGGGGGGCUGGGAAUACUUUUCAAGAAUCAUGUGCACCUCGGACCGCCUAUCGCUGAGCCCCUGAGGACCGACCACACUACUUAUUUCUUGGGGGGGGUCUGCCAAAAUCGUAGUGUUUUAUGUCCAUGGUCGUGUUCUUUUCAUUCAUGAUUUAUUGUGUUAUUCCCUGUGUUUCUAAUGUUACAAAGGCAGGGGAAAGAGUGAAAAUUGGCAAGACACACUAAUCGACUCCUCUCUGAUAUUGAGUUAAUCAAUUGGUUCAUCGGAUCAUCAAACACUAAACGGAUCACUCAGUGAAACGGAAGACCGUCAGAGAGGAUAGAUUUCUGUGAGCAGGGAUUUUGGAAAGCAUUAUAAUAUCGUCUUGCGGUAAAAAUAAACACAGUUUCUCUUAUACACGGGAACACAUGCGUACACAAAAUGCUCUCUCUUUCACAAAUACAUGGAAACACACACAUACAGAAGAACAACUCUUACAAAGAGAGCGACACACACACAGGAACAAAACAACAGUUUAUCCCUCUUACAGAAACACACACACACACACACACACACACACACACACACACACACACACACACACACACACACACACACACACACACACACACACACACACACACACACACCACAACAACUAACUAACUCUCAGAAUACUAGUCUUACAUACAUAUCAUGUUGUUGUCGUAAAGUCGUAUACUACUGCAGAUUAUACCAUUGGGCGUCGCUUUGCUUAGGAUCUUUUUGAUCAGUACUUUUCCGCAAGUGGUUCCAUGCCAUUGCUUCGCGGAGGAACACCUUGUGCUAGCCCUCAUCAGGAUUUUACUUUAGAGGAUCACGCUCGGAUCCCCUUCCAAGAUGUGGUUUCUCCUUGGAGGUAUCGCUCCUCCAAUUACCUCUCUGCUCCGCCAACACACGUCCGCCCACCCCAAGGAAGGGAAGGGCCCGGUACCCCUGCAGAACCCUCAAGAACUAAGUUCGAAAUCCAAUCCCCAUAUUUUAAUCCUAAAUAUACGAUAGCAAACACACCUGAAGUAUUUUAGGUUUAAAAUCUGGGAUUGGCGUCGGAAGGGGAUCCGAAUAGGGGCCAAUUCCUCUCUUCCAGCCUUCAGCCUUCAAGAUCCCCCCGUCCAUCCAUCAGCGCAUCUGUGCCACCUUUGACUCGGCCAGCUCCAAGGGCAAGGACUGACAACUGAUGGCCCAGAAGACGUGUAUUGCCUCCUAUGUUGUCUCCGGGUCCACUUUAGAAAAUUAAGAUACUUUUGCGCCAUUGAUUAAUGGAUGAUG